CAUUGGUGUGCAACAGUGGCAUAUAUUUUCGGAAAAGUGAAAUAUUUUUAAUUCCAUUAAUUUUGUUUGUGAUAAUAUAAAAGAAAAAAAUCGUGAUGCGUUUCGCGGCCGUUUGGCUAUUGGCGGCUACGGCCGGUUUUACAGUUUUAGGACUGAGUGAAGCGAAUAUUCCUGGUGGGCAGCAAACAAUGAACAAAGCCACUCAAAUUGCUGGCAACAACAAUGCAGUGACCAGUUUAUUAAAUGUUGAUCCGCAAGCGAACGUGGGCGUCAAUGCCUUGAAUGCGAUUCCUCAAACAUCUGGUGGUGCUGCAAAUAAUAUUGGAGGCCAGCAAACGCAAUCUGCUGGUAAUCGCAUUGCUGGUCAAGGAAAUACUGUCACGAAUCUCGCAAAUGUCAGUCCUCAAGCAAAUGUUGACGUGAAUCUCUUAAAUUCUAUCUCGCAACAAACCUCUGGAGCAGCUGGCGGUGGCAAUAGUGGUGGAGCAUUUAAUAAAAUUAGCAGCCCCAUCGAACAAGAAGCAGUUUAUACAUCCAGUGGUGCUGCGUACACAUCCAGUGGAGCUGCAUAUACAUCCAGUGGUGCUGCAUCUACAUCCAGUGGUGCUGCAUCUAGCCCCGGUAGAGCAGCUAGCAGCCAAAGUGGCAGUGUUCAAACACAAACUCCGACGUACUCGUAUCAAUCACCGGUUGAUCCGCGCGCAAAUUUUUGUAGACAAUACUUAAACUCGAUACGUCGUGCAGCGCCUGCUAGCACUGGCAGUGCGACAGGAAAUAAUCUUGGUGGCACCCAAACUCUAAACAGAGGUGCCAAUAUUGUAGGAGAUGGAAAUAGUGCUACGAGUCUUAUCAAUGCCGAUCCACAAGUGAAUGUUGGCCUCAAUUUGCUCAACUCAAUCACACAAACGGCUUCUGGCGCAACUGGUUCUGGAGGUGGAUUAGCAGGUGGUCCCUUAGGAGGCGUGGGUGGUGCGACUAAUAACAUCGGGGGCAAGCAAAGUAUGGACAAAAGCACCAACAUUAGGGGUAGUGGCAAUCAAGUCUUCAGUUUGUUAAAUUUGGAUCCUCAGAUAAACGCGGAUGUAAACGCUUUGAACUCUAUUAGACAACAAUUAAUUUCUGCGGCUCAAACUCAAAGAACUUUAGCACUUAUUGCCAAUGAUCCGCAAGCGAUUUCUUGCAUACAAUACUUAAACUCGAUCCGUCGUGUGGUGCCCACUACACCUGGCGGAGCAUCAAGAAAUAAUAUUGGUGGCAGCCAAGCUCAAAAUACUGGUGCCCCUACUAACCUCGACAGUGCGGCAGGAAAUAAUCUUGGUGGCACCCAAGUUCUAAAUAGAGGUGCCAGUAUUGUAGGAGAUGGAAAUGGUGUUUCAAGUCUUAUCAAUGCCGAUCCCCAAGUGAAUGUUGGCCUCAAUUUGCUCAACUCAAUAACACAAACGGCUUCUGGCGCAACUGGUGCUGGUGCUGGAGCAGCAGGCAGUGAAAGCGGUGGAUUAUUAGGUGGUCCACUGGGAGGCAAAGGCACCAGUAUUACCGGUAGUGGCAAUCGAGUCUUCAGCUUGUUAAAUUUGGAUCCUCAGAUAAACGCGGAUGUAAACGCUUUGAACUCUAUUAGACAACAUUUAGUUUCUGCGGCUCAAACUCAAGAAACUUCAGCACUUAUCGCCAAUGAUCUGCAAGCGUUUGCUUGCACACAAUACCUAAACUCCUUACGUUGUGUGGUGCCUACUAGCACUGGCGGAGCAACAAGAAGUUCUGGUGGCAGUCAAGUUCAAAAUACUGGUGCCCCUACUAACCUCGGCAGUGCGGCAGGAAAUAAUCUUGGUGGCACCCAAACUCUAAAUAGAGGCGCUAAUAUUGUAGGAGAUAGAAAUAGUGUUACGAGUCUUAUCAAUGCCGAUCCCCAAGUGAAUGUUGGCCUCAAAUUGCUCAACUCAAUAACGCAAACGGCUUCUGGCGCAACUGGUUCUGGAGGUGGAUUAGCAGGUGGUGCGACUAGUAACAUCGGGGGCAAGCAAAGUACGAACAAAGGCACCAACAUUAGGGGUAGUGGCAAUCAAGUCUUCAGUUUGUUAAAUCUGGAUCCUCAGAUAAACGCGGAUGUAAACGCUUUGAACUCUAUUAGACAACAUUUAGUUUCUGCGGCUCAAACUCAAAAUACUGCUACUACUAACCUCGGCAGUGCGGCAGGAAAUAAUCUUGGUGGCACCCAAGUUCUAAAUAGAGGUGCCAGUAUUGUAGGAGAUGGAAAUGGUGUUUCGAGUCUUAUCAAUGCCGAUCCCCAAGUGAAUGUUGGCCUCAAUUUGCUCAAUUCAAUAACACAAACGACUUCUGGCGCAACUGGUGCUGGAGCAGCAGGCAGUGAAAGCGGUGGAGUAUUAGGUGGUCCACUGGGAGGGUUGAGUGGAGCAACUAAUAACAUCGGUGGCAAGCAAACCAUGAACAAAGGCACCAGUAUUACCGGUAGUGGCAAUCGAGACUUCAGCUUGUUAAAUUUGCAUCCUCAGAUAAAUGCAGAUGUGAAUGCUUUGAAUUCUAUCACACAGGAAGCAGUAUAUACCUCCAGGGGUGCUGCAUCUUCUUCGGGUAGUACAGCUAGCAGCAGAAAUGGCGGUGCUCAAACUCAACAAGCUCUAACGACUCUCACUACGGACGAUCCGCGCGCGAAUUUUUGCACACAAUACUUAAACUCGAUACGUCGUGCAGCGCCUGCUAGCACUGGCAGUGCGGCAGGAAAUAAUCUUGGUGGCACCCAAGUUCUAAACAGAGGUGCCAAUAUUGUAGGUGAUGGAAAUGGUGCUACGAGUCUUAUCAAUGUCGAUCCCCAAGUGAAUGUUGGCCUCAAUCUGCUCAAUUCAAUAACACAAACGGCUUCUGGCGCAACUGGUUCUGGAGGUGGUGCAUUGGGAGGCUUGGGUGGUGCGACUAAUAACAUCGGUGGCAAGCAAACAAUGGAUAAGAGCGCCAGUGUUAGAGGCAGUGGCAAUACAGUCUUCAGCUUAUUAAAUGUUGAUCCCCAGAUAAACGCAGAUGUAAACGCUUUGAACUCUAUUAGACAAGAAUCAGUUUCUGCGGCUCAAAUUCAACGAACUUCAACACUUAUCGCCAACAAUCUACUAGCGAUUGCUUGCACACAAUAUUUAAACUCGAUCAGUCGUGUGGAGCCUACUACCACUGGUGGAGCGGGACGAAAUAAUAUUGGAGGUUCUCAAACUCAAAACAGCGGUACUAAUAUUGAAGGUUCAAGCAAUCAGGGUCCUGGUGCUGCUGAUUGGGAAUGUGAAAAUAUUGGUGGCCAACAGCAGCGUAAUUCCGGUACGGACAUUGUUGGCAAUAAUAAUCAAGUAAUCACUGGCGCCGAUAUAAGUCCUCAAAUCAAUGCAGAUCUUAAUAUUCUGAAUAGUGUGAGGCAACAAAUUCGUUGUAGAACGAAAGCGUCAACACAUUUUCUGACAUUACCGCCCACACUUCCUCCGACAUUACCGCCCACACUUCCUCCAACAUUGCCUCCCACACUUCCUCCAACACUACCGCCCACUCUUCCUCCAACACUACCUCCCACACUUCCUACGACAGUACCGCCCACACCUCCUCCGACAUUACCGCCCACGCUUCCUUCGACAUUACCGCCCACACCCCCUCCGACAUUACCGCCCAAACUUCCUCCAACGGUACCUCCCACACUUCCUCCGACAUUACCUCCCACGCUUCCUCCGACAUUACCGCCCACACUUCCUCCAACAUUGCCACCCCCGCGCCCUCCGACAUUACCGCCCACACUUCCGCCAACACUGCCUGCUACAUUACCGCCCACACUUCCUCCAACAAUUCCACCUUAUGUACCUCCAUUCCCACCGUAUUCCCAUCCAUACCCACCACAUGUUCCCUAUAACUAUCCACCAGUCCCACCCGCACAUUACUAUACGCCAUCAUCUGCACCAUCAGCACGGACCAAUUGCUUUGAAAUAAGCGAUUAUGAUUUAGCUGGGAAUAAGGAAAAAAUCCGUAUAGUGUGUGUUCCUCGUCCCUCAGAUCCGGGUUCACAAAUAGUUUUGCCAACUGUAUAUCCGCCAGCACCAAUGCAACGUUGCUAUCGCCGUCGUUGCAAUCAUCAAAACAAAUCACCGGAUACUAAUUGCUGUGUUUCAAAUCAGUCUGACGAAAAUGUACCUGCUCCUGUGGACUCUUCCUCUGGAGAAACGGAUUCAGAAAGCUAUGGGCAGGUGGAGUCGCCAUCCCGUUUAAGAUACGAUGACUAUUAAAAUUAAUAUGUUUUAUACCUGAUAACUAAACAACAUUGAAAAUAAAUGCAAUUCUU